AUGGCCACUGCCUGGGCGCCAGGCGCGGAGCUCGGGGGCGGGUCCAGGCGCGGAGCUCGGGGGCGUGUCCAGGCGCGGAGCUCGGGGGGCGGGUCCAGGCGCGGAGCUCGGGGGGCGGGUCCAGGCGCGGAGCUCGGGGCCGGGUCCAGGCGCGGAGCUCGGGGGGCGCGUCCAGGCGCGGAGCUCGGGGGGCGGGUCCAGGCGCGGAGCUCGGGGGGCGGGUCCAGGCGCGGAGCUCGGGGGCGUGUCCAGGCCCGGAGCUCCGCGGGAGGGGUAGUUUUCCCUUCAUUGCCUGUGGCCGUUGCGGCGCAGCUCUGGUGCAUCAUGCGGGACCUGAGUGAGCAGAUCCCGCUCAUCGUGGAGCACCUGCUGGACGAGGACUUCCUGGAGACGGACGGCACCGACCCAGAGGAGGAGGAGAUCCUCAAGGUAGCUCAGUGUCUGCGGAAGCUCGGAGAUGAUUACAAUCAAAAGAUUCAGCCAUAUAUGAAGAAACUUCAACCCAGGUUACGUGAGCUGGCAAAGGAUCAGGCUUCUGAUGUGUUUUCGGGGAUGGUGACUGAGCUGUGCAGCGCCCCUGAACUGCAGACACAUUUGCAACAGUUGGGUCCUGAGAUGAGCCUCCUUGGAAUUGCUGUCGUUCUGGGAAUGAAUAUUUCUAAGGAAGUGCCUGACCUGCUUCCUACAGUCAAGGUUGCAAUGACGACCUUUAUCAAUACAAGGCUGCUGAACUGGAUUCAAAGUUCAGGAGGAUGGUGGAAGAUCUUAUGACCUGCGGCCACAUAUUCUUUGAUGGCUGGAAAAAGAUUGUUGAAAAUAGUUCAUUAAAAACACAUUCCAAAUGCAAUUUGACAUGGAGCUGGAGCACAUUCUACAUCCCAAGUGCCAUUCCCCUUUCCAGUACAUCAGAGUUUACCUCAGAGUAACAUGAUUGCCGGCAUUGUACCAAUCGUCCUGAUCUUCAUGCACUAAUGGGGAGUAGGUAGACUAAUGAAGAUUGUGAGGAUUUUGCCCAAUUUGAAAGAGUGGUGCUUCCUUUCCCUAUAUGGAGCAAUAAUUGCAUGAUGUACACAACAGCAGGUAUAAAACAUUCAAGACAUCUGCCAAACUGCAAUUACUGGCAGUGGGGAAAAUUAGUAACUUAUCUUUAGCUUCUAUUCACAUGGAGCUAUGGAACAGAUCAUUUAGCACAUUGAUGUUUGAACCAGUUCACUAAAUCUGGUAUAAAGAAUAAAGAAAAAAUUCUCAAGUGCAGGUUUAAAAAUAUUUUUUGGAAUACUAAGUUAGUUCUCAGGCUCAGAUUACCUCCAGACAUCAGGUAGUUGGAAAAUCCCACAAACUCUUUGGUUUUGGUUGAUCAAACAUCAGCAUCAUUUUUGUUUGAAUAUUGCAGUUCAAAGGACCAGCCACCAAGACUAAAAACAAUGAUGGGAUUAAAUCUCUCACUUUUUCAUAAACUAAUCACUAGUUUAGAAAAAAAUGCUGUAGAUGCUGGGAAUAAUCAGCAGUUUGGGUGACAUCCAUGGAACGAAAAACGAGCAACAUUUUGGGUUGAUGAAUGUUAGGCCUUUCAUUUAGGAAUGAAAGAUCAUUGUCCUGAACUUAUUGCUGUUUUUGUCCCCACAGAUGCUGUCUGAACUGCUGAGUAAUCACUAUUAAAUUUAGCCUGUCAGGGCCAGCAGCUUCCUUAAAACCAUCUAACAGCCCUGUUUUCUGAUACAGCAAUGGGCUUGAGAAGUUAUCAGCUUGUCUAAAAUAGGAACAAAAUCUAAUUGUAAAUCCAUCACUCUGGUAUUCAUCCAGAGCAGCAACAGGUCACGUUGGCUGGUCCACACCAACUGUUGUGCUAAGGCUCUCCAGUUAUUUUUUUUUCUAUGACCCAUGUGCUUAAAAAGUAUUGCACCUUGUGCCUCAGUUUCCACACCCCCAAAUUAACAUUCUGCUUUUGCUGAAUAUAGAGUUUAUUAUCCAUCACCUUGUCUCUCAGCACUAAUAUUAAUUACUGUAAACUGCAGUAUGCUCUUGGUACAUUAGCUAAAAGCCUUUUUUGAUGGGAAUUUAAAAAGACAUCAUCAGCCAAUCUUUUAGAUUAAAUUUUUACAAAAACUGUAUCUUAAGUGUUAAUGUCCAAUCUGAUUGACAUUACUCACUACAGACUCCUGAUGUACUGAUAAACUAGAUACUUUUCCUUAAUCUGAAUAAGAUUAAGGAAAUUGCAGCCUGGGACAGCUCUGCUUUCUAUGUGCACUUUUUAGUUUUUAUGAUGAUUUUGUCACAAUUCAGAAGCAUUCUACUUCUUUGAAAGUACAAAUAGGAAGGGAUUUGUUGAAAAUAAUAUAGUACAGUUUACUGAGCAUUUUACACACAAUUCAGGACAACUGUUUACUUAGCAUCUUUAACAAAAUACAAUCCUCCUUUAAACCAUCUGUACAGAUCUAUGAUUAAGAAUGUAUUACUGUAAAUUAAAUUUUAUUGUGUACUACCAUUGUUAAACUAAAAACUUGGCUUUAAUAAAACAUAGCUAGAUUGUGA